GUACCGUAAAUGCAGGAUUACACGCGCAAGACAGAAAAAAGUGCGGUUGGCUUUACACAGUCAUUUAUUUACGUUUCCAGGCAUAACAUUAUACAAAGCGACACUCACGUCUCACGGAAAUCCUAAAUAAUUCAACCAAUCCGAUGACGACUUCGACACUUCUGAAGUGUUUCCACUUUUGUGUCCUACAUGCAUCAGACGUUGAGCCAGCGGUCCAUGUGCGUGAUGUCUGAGUCGGAGACUAACUUACCAGCUUACAGAAGACAAUCGAUGUGUCUUUGACAGCUUUGUUAAUUAAAUCCUCUACAACGUUUUUCUGAAAGGAAUUAUUUCUCAGGCAAAAGAAAUAAUGUGGCAUGUAGUGAUUUUGCUCCUUGGAGCCCAUCUGGCCUGUGCUAGAACACACUCUCUGAGAUACUUCUACACUGGUGUUUCUGGAAUCAAUGACUUCCCAGAGUUCACUGCAGUUGGUCUGGUCGAUGAAGAGCAGUUUUUUUACUUUGACAGCAACACAAAUAAAGCUGUGCCAAAGACAGAGUGGAUCAGACAGAAUGUGGGUGACGAUUACUGGAUAAGAGAGGCUCAGAUUGAUAUUAAAGCACAUCAGGCCUUCAAAAUCGUCAUCCAAAACAUGAAGGGACUCUUCAACCAGUCAGCUGGUGUUCACUCGUGGCAGCUGAUGUACGGCUGUGAGUUGGAUGAUGAUGGCACCCAACGAGGAUACUAUCAGUAUGGUUAUGAUGGAGAGGACUUCCUCAGUCUGGAUAAGAGCACCCUCACCUGGACAGCUGCUAGUCCUCAAGCUGUCCUUACCAAGAACACAUGGGAGACUCAAGAAAGACAGUUAGCAGAAUACUGGAAAGCAUAUCUGGAGAACACAUGUAUUGAGUGGGUGCAGAAGUAUGUGAAUUAUGGGAAGGAAACUCUGGAGAGAAAAGUCGCUCCUCAGGUGUCUCUGCUGCAGAAGUCUUCCUCGUCUUCAGUCAAAUGUCAUGCUACAGGUUUUUACCCCAGUGGAGUAACAAUCUCCUGGCAGAAAAAUGGACAAGAGCAUCAUGAGGAUGUGUAUCUUGCUGAACUUCUUCCCAAUGAGGACGGGACCUUUCAGAGGACGAGCACCAUCAAAGUUUCACCUGAGGAGCUGAAGAAGAACCAGUUCAGCUGUGUGGUGGAGCAUCAGGGUGAAACCUUCAGAAGCAUUUUUAAAGCUGCUGUCCCCAUCGGCUUCAUUCUUGCUGCUGUUGCUGGUGUCUUCCUGUUGAUUGUCACUGCUGUUGCUGGAUAUAAGGUCUAUCAGAAAAAGAAAGGCUUUAAACCUGUCAAUGCAUCUGAUGACGGUUCAAACGGCUCAGCUCGUUCAGAUACAAAAACAUAAAGAUGAGACCAGAUGAGUGCAAGAGAUGAAG